AUGACGUUCCUCAAAUUGUCUGUUGUAGCAGAUCCAGGGGUGAGCGGGGGCACAACGGAGGACGGCUUCAGCCUCUCCUUCCAGGUGAACCACCUGGGCCAUUUCCUGCUCACCCAGCUGCUGCUGGGGCGGCUGCAGAGCUGCGCGCCCAGCCGCGUGGUCAUCGUUGCCUCCAGCGCCCACUGUGCCGGCCACCUGCACCCCGACACCCUGGGCCGCCCGCCCCCCGGGCUGCUGUCAACCUUCCAGGACUACUGCAACAGCAAGCUGGCCAACGUGCUGCACGCCCGUGAGCUGGCCACGCGCCUGCAGGGCACCCAGGUGACGUGCUACGCUGUGCACCCAGGGUUCGUCAACACGGAACUCUUCCGCCACACGCCACUCUGGCUGAAGCCGCUUUUCGUGCCGCUGGCCUGGCUCUUCUUCCGCGACGCAGCUGAGGGUGCCCAGACCUCCCUGCACUGCGCCACACAGGAGGGCCUCGAGUGCUUCAGCGGCCGCUACUUUGCCGAUUGCAGCCUGCAAGAGCCAUGGCCACUGGCCCGCGACGACCAGCUGGCCCGGGCGCUCUGGGAGGCCAGCGAGAGGCUGGUGGGGCUGGGGGGGGCCGGGGGGAGCCCCUCGCCAGCCCCUGCUGCUGUUGUACAAUAA